AUGAAGCCCUCUGCAGAUGUGCUUGAAUUCAUUGCUUGCACCCUUCUAAUCCUUGUGAGCUUUGCUGGAAACGUGUGUUUAUUUUAUUCUACAAGGAAAUGUAUGACUGGGCGUUUAGAGACAUCCUUUCUUCUGAUUUUCAGUCUUAUAUUUGUCCAUCUCAUUAAAAACUUGGUGGUGGAUGCCAUAAAAAUAGUUUAUUCUUCUGGUUUCAUGUCGGAUUCAGCUGUCUGCAAAGUUCUACACUUCACGGCAGCCCUGACGAUCCUGGCCAUCGAGUUCAUGUUACACUUUGCAUUGCUCUACCACCAGAAGCUUUACCAGACUGUCCAGCCCUUGAGUGAGCCUCCAAACCCGGACCAUCAGAAGCAUUCCUUGAAGGUGGUUUCUGCACUUUGGAUGGCUGGCGUGGCAGUGGACCUCCCAGUUUUACCUUAUACUAGAAAAUCAGAAUACCUGAAUGCAGGAAAUGAUACAGACCCCUUGUCUACUAACAGGAUUCACGUGGAUUGCCUAAUUGACUUUGGAAACAAGCAAGUAGAGUUUUGCUAUGGGAAAGCAUUUUUGGUUCUGAUUGAUAGUCUUCCUUUAGCCAUCUUAGUCUUUGUCUGUUUCUGGAUGUCUUUUCUGCUUUCGGAAAGAAAGAUGACAUAUGGUGACAUCUGGAUUGGAGAUGGUGAUUCAGAAAUUGAAAUCCUAAGAGGGGCCAAGUUUAGUAUUUUAUUAAUGUGGCUGAUCACUCCGCUUUGGAUUUCUCACUUUGUCUUAGUCUAUUUCUUGAAAGACUUGGCAGCCUGGGCCCUUUUUCCAGCUGUUCUCACAGCCCUCUCUUCAGGCUUCUCUGCUCUCAGUCCUUUCCUGCUUAUGCUGGUGAAUUACAAAAUGAAGUUGAUGUCCUUCUGUGAUGCCAAAGAGGAAAAACCCACACCACAGCCUGCAAAUGUUAUUCUCUCUCCAUAUGCUUACUGGGAAAAAACUGUUUUAAUCUUUGGGAAACAGACCCUAUCAAUGGAAGGUUCAGCUGACAUCCCCAUAGGCCUCAUCAAUAGAUAUUAUGGUUUCUGA